UAAGUUUAGGUUAGACAUUAGAAGGAAUUUAUUCACAGAAAGGAUGGUUAGACAUUGGAAUGGGCUGCCACAGAGUUGGUGGUCACCCGCCCCAAGGUGUUUAAGCAAGGACUAAACAAAGACUAGGCCUGGCAUUUAGUGCUAUGGUUUAGUUGACAUUACGGUGUUCAGUCAUAGGUUGGACUCAAUGAUCUCAGAGAUCUUUUCCAGCCAAAUUGAUUCCGUGAUUCUGGACACACAGGGACAGCAACCUGGCACAGGAACUGACGGACAGUGAGGGACUGGAGGUAGCCGACGCCUGACACAGAGCUUGUCACUUCUACGGCAACGAGCUUGCUCAGCCGCGGAAGGAGUGGCAGAGCUGCCCGGCGAGGUUCCCCCAAGUGGGAGACCGUGCGCUGUUCAGUGAGUUCCCCCGACAGGACGGACCUUAGUCAUUGCGCGCUCCCUCAAGACCUACUGGCCACCGCAACCCCACCCACCGGACCGGUCCUGCCCCCUCGUGUGCCGGGCGCCCGCGCUCGAAACGCGCUGACUGGCUGAAGUUCAGUGGGGCGGGGCCGGACGCCCUUAAGAGGCCGGCGCGGGGGGCUGCCCGGUGUGAGGCGGUGUUGCUGGAUGUCUCUUAAUCCGCGUAUUACACUAGAGUAUUAGACUGUUUCCCUCACAAGCAAGCAAUGGCUGUGGAUGUCGCGAUGCAGCUGUACCUGUGCUCUUCACCCUUGCGAAGAGAGAAGUGUGCCUGCAAAAUUACUCCAAAGCCAAGCAAGCCACUGAGGCCCUGCAUACAGCUGAGCAGCAAGACUGCACUGAAUGGACCAGAAGAGGCAGCAAACUCCUUCACACACAACAAAGCAAAAAAGAGGGUGUCAUUUGCAGAUAGCAGAGGCUUCGCUUUGACAAUGGUGAAGGUGUUCUCAGAGUUUGAAGAUCCUCUAGAUAUUCCUUUCAACAUCACAGAACUGAUAGACAACAUUGUGGGUCUGACAACAGUGGAGAAGGACAGCUUUGUUCUGGAUUUUGUUCAGCCCUCUGUAGACUACCUGGACUUCAGAAACCGCCUCCAGGCAGACUGUGUCUGUCUGGAAAACUGUGUGCUAAAGGAGAAGUCUAUUGUAGGAACAGUGAAGGUGAAGAACCUUGCUUUUGAAAAGACAGUGAAGAUCCGGAUGACGUUUGAUACAUGGAAAAACUUUAUAGAUCACCCAUGCCAGUAUGUCAAGAAUACGUAUGGAGGGUCAGAUCAGGACACAUUUUCCUUUGACAUCAGCUUGCCUGAGGGAAUUCAAUCACAUGAAAGAGUUGAGUUUGCCAUUUCCUUUGAGUGCAAUGGGAGGGUGUACUGGGACAACAACAGGGGCACAAAUUACAGGAUCAUAUGCUCAGAACUGAAGUCUGCCCAGGAAGCUGUCCGUCCCCCACAGGCUCCUGACUUUGGCAGUGCAUUUGACCGAUUUGGGAGCCCUCGGUGUUCCUAUGGCCUCUUUCCUGAGUGGCCCAGUUAUUCAGGCUAUGAGAAGCUUGGGCCCUACUAUUGACCCAAGGACAAAGGCUAGGCUGACUAACUGUUGCUGGUGUGUCUGCAGGCCUUGGGGCUAGUCUGAACUUAGGUGUAUGAAUAGGUGGAAGAAGUAUGGCUCUCUGUAGCUCAGCAUGAGCUUCCCAGCAAAACCAAAUGUGUGGCAGGGGACUUAUAGUCAGAGAAGCAAAUUUGGCUCUCCAAAUGAUCAGAGACCAGGGACUGCUCAUGUCUCUUUAGCACUUCUUCCUCUUCUGUAAAGAUGCCAGUGUCCAGGGAAACACUACAGUGCUUUUAUCGCCUGUUCAAGCUUUGUAGUGGUGGCUGCCUUGUAUUGCCUGCCUAGUAUUAAAAGGCUCUUUCAAAAUAUGGCCUAGUGGGCUCUACUACAGCUGCAGGGUUCUCCUUGCAAAGCCAGGCUGUGCCUGUCAGGAAAUAGUGUGGUUGGAUUGCUGGAAAUGGAGUAAUAUGUUUGCACAUAUCCUUGUAGUGAGGCCCUUCCUACUGGAGGCAUAAAGCAUGUAUUGAACGUGAAAUGCAAUGUGAUGACAGGAAGUGUGGCCCUACAGCCUGCUGUAUUAGGAGAUAUGCCUGUGGGAGACGAUCUGAUCUUAUAUGCUCAGUCACAGGCUGUUACAUCAGAUGAGCUUGAAAAUCUCUCAUACUGCUGGUGUUAGCAAAAGUAGAGAUAGCUGUAGCUGUGUGGUGCUUUUAACACAGCUGUGGGUUGACAUCCUUGACUAUCUUUUCAAAAUGUUCUUGUUUCUUUAAUCACAAGUGAUCAAUGCUGCUUUCCCCCCCACCUUUGAUGGAUAUCUGAAGAUGGCUGUGCUGGACCCUGAAAAUGCAUUUCAUUCUCCUGUGGACUGUGAACCAGAGUUUUGUCCAGCUGGAGCCCAGGGUCCUGUGCAGGAGACUCUGCUCAGGUGUUACAGGGGCUAAAUAUAAGCACACCCCAUGAAUGUCUAUGCAGUGUCCUGUACAGGAAGGUGGCUAUUGUGUACCUACUGUGGUGGAAGUGCCUUGACUGAGAAAGGGGUGGUACGUGCAAUCCCAGCAAUGUUGUGGGAUGGGCUUUGGAACUGAUGUUGCUUUUAAGAUCUGGUAAUUGUUUGUUACUCUCUGCCACAGUCUGCUAAAGGCAUAGCACUGCUUGCAAGUAAGAGUGCUGUGGCUGUCCUGGAUGAAUGUGCUGGGCUUCUCUUGCUGCUGGAACAGUGUCUGCCAGUUUGACCUGAAAAUGCUUAGACUUUGCAUCUCUGACCAUGAAAAGUGGCUCACCCCACCGAUGUAAAGAACUAACCGUGAGGAGAGUGAGAUUUGGGGUUAUCCUGACAGUGCUGCUGCAUGUGAGACAAAUCACAGAUGUGAGUCAUCGUGCAAUUAAAUAGGUGGCUUGUCUUCUGGAUGUGUGCUGAGGUGGUGAGUUUGGUAGAGCCAGACAGUUUCACAGACCUUCCUGGGUGCUAACUGAGCAGAAUUAACUUAAUCCCUCAGCUCAAAGAGAUAAUGCUGAACAGUUUGUAGAAAUAAAGGUCAAGGGAAUACUACUUUUUCUAGUUCAUAAACUUUAUAUAAUUUUGGGUGCCUCUAAUAACCUGUGGAUGUGAUGGAGAGAAGCAACAGGCUAGACAACUUUGUUAACAUAGCUUUUAAUUAUAGAGACUACUGUAUAAACACUUAGAAGCUGUUUUGCUCUAACCUAGAAGAGAUACUUGUAUCACUCGUGGAUAUCAAAAGGGACAGGAGCUUGAAGCUGGCCUUCAACUGCUGCUUUUUCAAAAUACAGAAUCAGUAUAUGUCUUCAGUGUGCCUGAUCAUUUAGUCAAGGUGGUGAGUUACUUGCUAGCUCAGAGCUCAUCAGGUUCAAACAGCUUCUCAAGUCAACUCUUAGAGCCUAGCUAGGCCUGUUGCCUAGCUUGGUUUGGUUUUGAACUUAAAGGAAGUUUGAAUCGCACUGAUGCUUUUUAUUUAUUUAGUGUACGGUGUUGAUGUUGUAAGACACUGACUUGUAGAAGAGUCGUGUUCUCCUGGCACCUUCUUGUGCCUAUGGAGAGCUGCUUGUGAGCCAAAACAAAGUAUGUGGGUCUGGGGUGCUGUUGAUGGUGAUAUCUCCUUACAGACUUGUUUUCAGGCUGUCCAUUGGGUAUACUUAGGGAAGAAUGUGGAAGAUAAGCUAGAAGAGCAGUGCCGUAAGUAAAAGCUGGGUUGGGAACCGACUAUUUGAUCAACAGCAGUUUAAAAAUACUACUUGUGGCCUUUCCCCUUUUUUAUUCCCAGUGUGAACAUAGCAGUGAGGCAGUUCCUCUCCUUGCUCUAUGCCUGGAAGUGCCUUGUAGGAUGUGUUGCAUGUUUGUUUUUAAAAAAUAUUUUUGUACACAACAUUCAAGUGGAAAAUGCACUUUAUAAUUGCCAUGUAAUUUUUAAAAUAUGGCUAUGGCUAAUAUGACUUUUAAAAAUAUGGCUAAAAUAAUCUAAUUGUUAAAAUAAAGGUGGAACAAAAUGUUGCCUGUGUAUCUUAUUUAAGCACCCAUGGGCCUAGGGUCCAGUUUCCUCUAAGU